GACCUCGACGCACAGUUCUGUCAGAUCACCCGACCGACCAGGCAGGAUGCGUCCUGUGCUCCUCAUCAUGCUGGGCUGCAGCCUGGUCUCAGGCGGGCCGGCGGGCGAGGCGGACUUCGUUUCUCAGCCGCAGGACGCUCACGUGCAGCCGGGGGAGUCGGUCCAGCUGGACUGCGAGCUGGUGGAGGCCGACGCCGACGAUAUCUGCGCCUGGCGCCUCGCCGGCACCCACCUGGGCGUCGAUCACUUCUACAACGUGUUCCCGCCGCCCAAGGUGCGCGCCCUGUUCCCGGAGCACGAGCGGGUCUGCACGCUCAUCAUUGAGGACGUGGACUGGCGCCACGACGGCCUCUGGACGUGCUGGCCGCUGGACGAGCAGGCGCACGUCAGCUCGCGCUCCGCUCGCCUCACCGUGGCAGGUAGUACGUCCACCCCUCAGCCAGCACCAACAGACACUCCUGCGACGACCACCCCUGACGCGAGCACCACCCCGACAUGGCCCACAACCGAGCCGACCACCUCCGCAGCGCCGACUACAACUCCACCUGCGACCACUACAGCAGCGCCAUCUACAACUCCACCGGCGACCACCACAACGAUGCCAUCUACAACUGCAACGGCGACCACUACAGCAGCACCAUCUACCUCAGCGCCCACGACGCCGUGGACAACCCCAAGCCCCGGGCCCGGCUUCAGCUGUCCACAACCGGACGGGCUAUUCGCGGACCCCGAGAACGCCCGCUUCUUCUACUACUGCAAGGACGGCGAGGCUGUGCACAUGCAGUGCGAGUUUCCACAGCGCUGGAGCGACAGCCAGAAGAAUUGCGCCUGAGAAGGGCUGGGGCCGCCCGUCGCCCACGAUCGCGUGCCACGUUGAUCGGUGUGUUAUGAAAUUAAGCAUGCUAUCCUCCCUGCGUUAGAUACUGUAUACAUAUCCAUGAAAGUCUUGCCAUGUUGGGAUUUUGCUGCGGAUGGUCCCUGGCUGGACACAGCCCGGCAUGAGCACUGCCCCAGUCCCCAGGCUCGUGCCAUCGACCAGGGGGACCCGACUGCACUGCAGAAGAGCAUCGCGUGGUGCAGCAUGCUCAGCCUGGGUUAAAUCAGGCUGUCUGUAGCGUAACCCGACGUCUUACCUUUCUGCUGGUCCCUUGCGGUACACGGUCAGGCGGUGAUGCAAACCCCUCAUUUUUGGAGGGAUGGCUCCCGAGCUGUUCGCCCCAAUGGAAUGGAAUUUUGGAUGUUUAGUUCAAAAGCUGGUCAACCUGACCCACUAUUCAAUAAAUUCUAACACGCCAAUUCACUAACCUAAGAACUAAUUCUAAGAGCUCUUGGUGACAAACAUGUAGAUAUUGGGGCCUACUGACGUGUCCUCCACUUUGUGUACACUGGAUCGUUUUGUUCAGUGGUACUAAACAUGCGGAAUGGUUACAUUAUAAACGUCUUCUAAAGUCGUUA